AUGGUUAAAGAUACACAAUAUUAUGAUAUUUUAGGCGUAGAAUUCACUGCGUCUGAUUUGGAAUUGAAGAAAGCUUAUAGGAAGCAGGCAAUCAAAUUACAUCCGGACAAGAAUGCCAAUGAUCCUGAGGCGGCAAAGAAAUUCCAAGAAUUAGGUGAAGCAUAUGGAGUUUUAAAAGAUAGUGAGAAGAGAAAACUCUAUGAUGAAUUGGGUAAAGAUGGAAUGGUAGAAAAGAAAGGUGAAGUUGACGUUGAUCCUGCUGAAUUCUUCACCAUGAUCUUUGGUGGUGAGAGUUUCCGUGAUUGGAUCGGUGAAUUGAGUAUGUUGAAUGAUUUAAGUAAAGCUGCCGAAGUCUUAGAAGAAGAUGAAAGUCAAAGUGAGGGCAAUGGAACCCAAGUUGAUGAUAAGUUCACUGAUUUGACAUUAAGAGAAGAAGAUGGCAAAACUUCAAAAGAAGAUCUUCUCACCUCUGAAGGGAUCAAGAAGAAAAAGAAUCAAAAGAUAUCAAAAGAUCAAAGAGAAGAAAUCAUCAAAUUACAAGAGGAAAGUAAGAAAGAAAAAGAAAAACGUGUGGACGAAUUAGUUGAUAAAUUACUCGUCAAAUUAGAUACUUAUGAAAAGACUUAUAAGAAUACUGAAGGUUUAGAAUCUUUUAAAAAGAAACUUAUUGAAGAAUUUGAAGAUUUGAAAAUUGAAAGUUUCGGUAUUGAAUUAUUGCACUUGAUUGGAAAGAUAUAUAAAGAUCAAUCCAACGCAAGAUUAGCAUCAUCCAAAACAUUUGGGGUCUCCCAAGUAUUUACAAAUGUUAAAUCAACGGCCACCACGGUAAAAAAUGGUUACUCAAUUUUGAAAACUGCUAUUGAUGCUCAAGCAUCAAUGGAAGCCAUGGUGAAAGAACAGGAAAUACUACAAUCUAAAGAAGAAUUAACCGAACUUGACCAAAUAAGAAUGGCAGAAAUGGAAAGAUUAAUUACAGGUAAAUUCUUAGCCACAGCCUGGGCUUCAACUAAAUUUGAAGUCACUGGUGUUUUAAAUAAAGUUUGUGAAAAACUUUUGAAUGAUAAAUCUUUAGGUAGAAAGGAAAGAAACUUGAGAGCUAAAGGAUUAUCAUUCAUAAGUGACAUCAUGUUAAAAAUGGAAAGAUCUGAAGAAGAAGCUGAAGAAGCAAGGAUCUUUGAAGAAAUGAUGGCUGAAGCAAGUUCUAAGAAUAAGAAACAAACCAAAGCUUCCAAAGCUGAAUUUGAAGCUUUCUUACAUGAUUUUGCCAAACAAAAUGAAGAACCUGAACCUAAAUAG